AUGGUAGAGGUGACUUUUAGGGAGUCGUUUGAGGGUACAGAUGUCGAAUCGGCAAGAAAUGGAGUUCUAAGUUUUAGGAAGAAAAAUGAUAAUGCCUCAAGUAGAGAGCGAAUCAUAUGUGACAAGAUAGCCACCUUUACUCUCCCUAAAGUUCUUAUGUUUCUCCUUCUAAUAUGGAUAAUACGGUAUUCCGGCGAGCCCGCCAUUCAUGAAGUCAUGAGUGAUAGGGGAAUCCCCCGACGUUUAUACGUCCACAGAUUAUUAGCAGAAUCGGAAGUGCAAUUGGAUGCGAUGUUCGAUUUAUAUAAGAGAAACUUUUUAAAUAAAAUGGGAUAUAGUGAUGAGGAUGCGGAAAGAAUAAAAGCGGCUGUGAAGUCACAUUUAGAUCAAGCAGAAGGUAUGAACAUUGAUGAACAGCACAGGAAAAAAUUAGAAAGUUGCGAGCAUAUUAUAAAACAGGGUAGUGACAAUAACAUUUCGAAGUUUUCCAACAAUUUCAGAGUAUUAUCUUCUCCCUAUUUUCUUUCCCUAUGUUCAUUCAUAUUGUUUUCUAAUGGAUAUUACAGGUUUGCUUUAGCUGUAAUGGCCAUACUGUUUCUUAAAUUUGUAAACUUCUUUUGGGAUUUAAAAUAUGUCUAUGCAAGAAUGGCGGGAAGUAUGUAA